AUGACGGAGGGAUAUAAAAUCACCUAUUUUAUUGUAGAGCUACUACAAAAGGAUUGUUGGAGAUAUUUAGAAGACAGGAAAGUUGUGGACACAAUCGCAUGCCCAGAAGCCAUCACAAAAUAUCUCGCUGAGAUCGUGCUAUUCACUUACUUGAGUAUAAAGAUUCAGAAAGGCUUUGCACAAUUUGUAAAACGUAUGGUAACAAGUUGGAAACUAGAAGAGAUCUAG